AUGAUUGCUUGCAAGGAGAUCGUGAAGGCCUCCACCAACCUCACAGCUGCGGACACCACCCGCGCCGUCGAUGCGCUGCUCGAUGCCAUCAUGGACGGCGUCGCGGCCGGCAAGGAGGUCGUGAUCCCCGGCUUUGGCACGUUCCGCCGCCGCGAGCGCAGCGCGCGCACCGGCCGCAACCCCAGGACCGGCGAGGCGAUCGCGAUCGAGGCCAAGGUCGCGCCCGCGUUCCUGGCGGGGAAGACGUUCAAGGACAUCGUGGCGGGGGACAGGAAGUGA